CACUGUGCUUUUAAAUCGUUAAAGUCACGCUACACAGGCAGAGGGACUGCGUCGUGUCACGGCUGUGCAUGUUUCAGUGGGUGUGCUCCGGCUGGAUAAAACAGGCGUGUCUCGCGCUGAGGGGAAUGGUUCAAAUAUCAACUUAGCAGCGGUAACGUUACAUGUGUCUCUCUCAGGCAGUGGAUUAUGAGGAGGUGUCUGCACGAAGUCCAAAUUAACAUCUUCUUUGUCUGACGUUGAAUGCUCCCCGAGAACGCUUUUGGAAAUUUAAUCUAAACUUUGUGAGAAGAUGGAUAACAAGGACGAAUCAAAGAGUUGUUCUGUCAGUGUCCUGACCUGGGAGCAGGUGAGCCGGCUGAAUGAGGUUCUGACCGAGGUCGUGCCUGUACAUGGACGGGGGAACUUUCCUACCUUAGAGGUGCGGCUCAAAGACAUUGUGGCUCGCGUGCGCUCCCGCCUGGAGGUGAGCGGCAUCAGAGUCAAGGACAUACGCCUCAAUGGCUCCACGGCCAGUCACGUGCUGGUGCAGGACAUUGGCUGGAGCUACAAGGACCUGGAUGUCAUCUUCAGAGUUGACCUGCCGCACGAGGCCGAGUUCCGGCUCAGUAAGGACGUGGUGCUGGGUACCCUGCUGGACUUUCUGCCUGAGGGUGUGAACAAAGAGAAAAUUACACCCAUGACUCUGAAAGAGGCGUAUGUCCAGAAGCUGGUGAAGGUCAACACUGAGCAGGACCGCUGGAGCCUCAUCUCCCUCUCCAACAACAACGGUCGCAAUGUGGAGCUGAAGUUUGUGGACUCAAUACGCCGGCAGUUUGAGUUCAGCGUGGACUCCUUUCAGAUUGUGCUGGACUCCAUGCUUUCCUUCUACGAGCUGGCAGAGACGCCCAUGUCUCAGGCCUUUCACCCCACUGUGAGCGGGGAGAGCGUGUACGGUGACUUCAACAUGGCACUGAGCCACCUGCGGAACAAGCUCAUCGCCACCAAGCGACCCGAGGAGAUCCGAGGCGGCGGCCUGCUGAAAUACUGCAACCUGCUGGUGCGAGACUUUCGGCCCGCCAGCGAGGAGGAGUUCAAGGGCCUGGAGCGGUACAUGUGUUCGCGCUUCUUCAUUGACUUCCCCGACAUCGGUGAGCAGCAGCGCAAGGUAGAGGCCUACCUCCAGAGCCACUUCAUCGGUGAGGAGAAGAGCAAGUACGACUACCUCAUGAUCCUGCGCCGAGUGGUCAACGAGAGCACGGUGUGCCUCAUGGGCCACGAGCGGCGCCAAACCCUCCACCUCAUCUCGCUGAUGGCCUUCCGAGUGCUGGCGGAGCAGAAUGCUAUCCCCGACGCGUCCUGCGUCACCUGCUACUAUCAGCCGGCGCCUUACGUCCGAGACCACAACUUCAGCAACUACUAUGUGGCCAACCAGAACAUUCCAACAUGGCUGCCAUGUAACUGACAACAAAGUGGAAGGACGUACUCGAGGGCGCUUCUGCUUUAGAGGAGAAGAGAAGGAAUAUUAAAAAGAAGAAAAAAAACUCCCAAAAAAAUGAUUAUUGAGGCAAUAAAUGCUAUGUUCCUCUCAAGGCACAAUUAUAUUUAAGUGGACAAGUGUUUUGCUUUGUUUUUUGGAAUCCUUUCUCAUUCCUUAUCUACAGAGUUGGUCUAGGUCAUUGAAUAGAAAGUGAUAUUUUUAAGUGUUUAGAUUUAUUAUUUUUUUUCUUCUCAUGUUUGGUUGUUGCCCUGUUUAUCAACCUUUAUUCUUAAUGGAGUUGUGUUUUGUGCCUUAACCUCCGGGUUUAACCCCCUAACCCCCAAUAAUUGAAGUAUGGGCUAUCUGUUGAAGAAAGGGAAGAAGAAAAUGUGCUUAAAAAUAGCCUUAAAUUUGGUUUUCUCCUGUGAUUUAAAAAAUGUGAAAAGGCAGAAAAAAAAAACAUAAAAUGAUGGAAAAAUAGUAUUAUUGGGAAGGGGUAAUGUAAUACAGUAGGCGAUGGCCAAAAAAAUUAAAAACCAGUGUUUAAAAAAAAAAAAAAAGUAUAGUUCACUGAGGAGGGAAGAAAGGUGGUACACUAAUGACUUUGACACCUGAAAUGAAGGGAAAGUUCAGUGGCGUUGAUGUUUCAGACAUUUGUGCUCUCCCUAAUAUGCCAGCAGUGCCUGUCAUUUGGAAAACAAUGCAAGAAAAAUUUGCUUUUUAAUUUUCCACUGUGAAUUUCAUUUCCCUGAUGAUAUUUCCCCGAUCCAGCUUACUCAGCCCAGCCCAGCCAUUUUCAGUCAGGACCGUCUUUUAAGCGGAAACCUGAGGUGAGCCAAGUUUAGAUAGACGGAUUAUUUCAAUCAGAUUUUCUUUUUGUAAAGUUACUCCCAAAGCCUCACCGGUGACCUCCACAUGUCACAGUCCUCUGGCUAUAGUGGGAGGCUGGCUGACAGGACAGGAGUAGACGCAGGGCCCCGCUGAGAGAAUGCGGUCGGCCUCGUUGCCCUGGAGCGAGCGAGCUGGCUGGGAGUUUUGGAGCGACAGGCUGAGUGGCUGUCCCUUCCCUUAAAAGGAGCAGCACAUGGUGGGAUGACAGGGUCGUCCCUCACAACCAUUGCAGGCUCGACAGCGGCCCUGAAAUGGGAUCCUCCUCUGAUUCAGCUCAGAGACUGGCUCUCAAACUACAGGCUAUCUAUAAUUAUCCUUUUUCUUUUCUUUUCUUUUUUCAACCUUGUGGAGGGAGGGAGCUGCAGAGCAGGGAAAUGGGAAUGACGGGUGUGUGAGCAGCAGAAGCAGCCUGCCACCUUACAUGUGUGUAGGGAGCGGAAUCAUUUCCUGUCCUCUCCUAUCUGGCGCCUGCUGGGACCACGGAGUGUUUGAACCCCUUUUGUGGUCAUGGGCGGACAGACGCCAUGGUAUGUUGAGAGAAACGCCUGCUUGCUAGUCGGAUAGCCCUCCCCUGACCUCACAGGUUGUGACGGAGUUCCCUCUCGACACCCCUCAAAUAUCUAUUUCUAGCCAAUCCUAUUAUUAGCUGUUCAUUUUUUUAACACUUGCAGUGUGGCAUUACUAGCAGUUGGCCUAAGCUGUGAGUCUCUCCUGACAUCACAGCAUCCAGGUUUCUGAGGAGAACAGUUGAUCUUAAACUUGUAAGUGGCAGCUGCUGUGUUUUCCCCCCCCCUUUGGCCCCUCCAGUUCCUCAGAAACCCUCGUCCCCUCUGCCUUGCUGUUGCUCGUCUCACUGUGGCUCGUGUUUAUGGCAGAUAACCAGGACCGUCUCUUAUCUGGCUGACAACCACGACUCAUGACUGGAUUAGAGAGAUACAGGAAGGUCAGCUUGGCCUCCUGCAGGUUACACCCCACAGGGUCAAGGCAUGUUCUGCUGGCUCAGCUCCUGGACUUUGGUAUGGGACCUGCCACAGUCCUUUUUAACAACAAGUGAGGUGCCACACAUCUGUCUCACUCCGGACCAAAGUAUUUACAACCAACAACUGAAACAUUUAAGUGCCUUUGACUCUUUGGAGCGUGAUUUGGCUUUUAAAGUGUUUUUGUUUUUUUUAAUGUUGAUCUAGAGGAAAUGAGUUAGCUUCUCCUCUUUUUUUUUUUUUUUUUUUUUUUCCCCCAGCCCCUUUAAACUCUGAAAACACACUGUCAUCUCUGUACGUGAUACCAGUUUGAGGGGAUGCAUACACUUUUGGUUGGGGAGCAAAAUAAUUUAGGUUUGAAUUUGAGUUUUUGCCGUUUUUAUUUUUCCUUUUACCAUGUUUUUCCACUUUUUUUUUCCUUUCAGUUUCAGUCCCAAACCACACUUUUCCUUGAACCCCAUCUGUCUAGUCAUUCCUGUCAGUCUUCUUAGCCAUUUCAUUUUAUUCCCUUCUUUGUCUUUCCCUACCAGGUUUGGCCUUGUUGUCGCUGGCAGCCAUGUUAAUUUCAGUCUUAACCUGAAUGCCUUUUUUAAUGGACUGCCCAGCAUCGUGGCUCCACCUGCCCCAAAGCAUCCCAGCUUACAUAGUUUUUCCGACAGCUUUUUGUCCCCAUCCAAAACCAAAGCAAUACCUUAAGUGCCCUGAAGAGCCAUACUGUGGCACACAUAGCUUGAGGUCACCCAGCAGAGACCCCAUACUAACAGAAGCACUUUAAAGAGGCCUUGUUUUACUCCAAACCCAGCCACCUGAGAGGAUUGUGAAUAAGCUAAUGUGGUCAAUUGCUGGAGGGAAUUGAGCUGGUUCUCAGGGACAUAAUGUGUUUUUGAGAGCUUUGUUUUUUAUUUUUAUUUUGGGAGGGUAAAUUGGUUUAAUCUGCCCUUGACAUUGAGACGCCCCCUUCUGGUACUCCACUUCAUUUUGUUUCUUUCUUCUCAACAUAUUCUGACUCUUCUCUUCUUAUGCAAACUUACAGAUUUUUAGUAGAGCAGAUCAUGGUUGAAGGUGGAUGUAGCCAGCAGACUUCAGCUUGCUUGACAGCAGCACUGGGUUUUCUCUGUGCGUCCAUUUGCUCUGAAACCUUAUCAUCACUCACUGGACGGUCCUCUCCCAGUUUAGCAUCACCAUACUCUAAACCUGAAGAUGACCUUUGCUUUGUUUAAAAGCCAGAUGACAGUCCAGAAUCUCAGCCAUUCCCUAGGUGCUUUAUCUUCCCUGAGUGAUGUAUAGUUGGUUUAUCAAAGCUCGGAGCCACGUUUCAAAACCAGCAGCCCAGUUAAUGUACGCUGCUGCUCACGGCUGCAGGUUAAAGUCUGCUGAGCGGGGUGGCGACUAGUCUCUUCUUGGGCUUCUUGUUGACAAUCGCUAACUGAACAGUAGCUGAGCAAGGUCAAAGAAAAUGCAUUUAGUAUUUUCUAGACAGUUGAUGGUGAAUGCAGACUGGACUGUCUGCUUUUUUUUUUUUCUUUUUUUUUCAGUCCACCCCACUUUCAUGUGUUUACGGUUAUUGUGGCUUUUUCUCCCCUGACAUUGGAAAACUGAAAUGAAAGCUUUACCUUCCCCAGUAGAUGAGAUUGGGGUGUGUGCUUUCUUUGUCAGGGUUUAUGUAUGUAUGUCGACAUAUGAAACUCUUUAAGGAUGAUGUGGGGGGAAGAGGAUGAACUGUAUUUUGCCUUUUUUAUUUUGUGGCCACAAUUUUCUUUUUCUGCUGUAAACUUGUCAGUGUUAUUGAUCCCAUCGCUUCUCUUACUCCGAUUGCUUUUGGUUGCCCAACUCAUUUGGGCCUUUUGUAUAUUAGGACACCUGUAGGCUGCAGGGGGUGCAGAGCAAGCUGUGGAUUCGAUAUUUAGUGGUUAUGCUUGUCUGAAGUACAAGUCAUACACCAUGGGGAUGUGAAGGAGGCCCUCCGGAAGCUCUCCUACAGUUUCUAUAUGAAGAGUUGUGAAUUACUUUGCAGCAGAUUUGUGUUUACGUUAACACGUGGAUGUGUGUGUGUGUGGUGUGUGUGUGUGUGCGCGCGCUCGUUUGCAUGUGUGUAUGAAGGGAUGCCUGUGGUUCUAAGUAUAAAAAGUGGGGAAAAAAAACAAGAAAUUUGUCGCACUAUAUAUUUUUUUUUGAAAUAGUUAAUGCAAAAGAGCUUUGUCAGCUUUGUGAUUGUGAUGAUGUGUUUGAUGGUUACAUCCAUUAUACUAUUUCAUUUUUCAGCACUUUUACCUCACUUGAGUUUUUCCUUUUGAAUGGAAAUGUACAUGUACAUCAGGAAAUGUGUUUGAAGAGGAAAUUAUGAAUAAAGAGUAUUAAAUUGCAA